UGCCAGUUGUGUUAUUGUGGUCUCUUGGCUCGAAGUUGGAAACGCGUUCCGUGCUCCUAAAUCAUCGUAAAAAGUGGGAAUCAUUUAACAACUUCUUCCAAUUCCAUCUGUUCCGUGAGCUAAAAGACCACUCGUUCUCGUCCUCGUUCCCGUUCGUCGUUGCAAAAGUGAACCCGGAAAGUGCAAGAGGCUUAGAGAAUCGCAGCACCUGUUUAGUUAAAACACUUUGUUCGAGCGCUCCUCGCAAAAGGCUCGCUGCGAAGUUCAGGUCGAUAGAUGGCUGCGAUGGCAAUUAAAUAGUAGAAAAUAGGGAAAUCAAAUUACGGAACCACGAAGCAAAGACCACGGAAUCGUUGCCUUGCCUUGCUGUUGUCGACCGUCCUGCACCCCAGGUGUAUGAUCCCGAUUCGAUUAGUAGAGGCCAGCAGCAGCAGCAGCAGCAGCAGCUCGAGUAGGAGCAGGAGCAGGAGCGGAUGAGAAAUCGAUUGACAAUUUCGUGUCUCCCUGCGGAGAGACGACGGGACGGUGGUGUGGCAAGAGUGUUGUUUAUCAGCGACGGAACGGCGGGUUCUAGUUGAGUGUGUCCAAUAAUCGUUUGCAGCGGCGAUUAGUGGCGCUCCGGCGCUGCCCAUCAAGUAUGAAAAGAGCAGUCGAAGGUGUAGGUGCUUAAGCACCCGGAGGACCUGCACGGAGUGGUCGUGCGUCGAGGACACGGUAUGGCGGUUCGUGGCGAUACGUAAACCAGCACCGAAUCACACCAAAUCAGCGGCAGCAAAGUCGAGCAGGAAAUAGAUGCAAACAGUCAACCAGCAGUUCCGUGAAGACCUCAUCGAUCAACAGCAGCUGUGACGGCGGAACCCCACACACCGUAAGAGUGGCCAGCCUUUCUCUACACUCGGACGGGAAAACGGACUUGACGGACCUGGCCACGAAACGUACGGUGGCGACGGCAGCCAGGACGACGACGACGACGAGCGAAUCGAAUCCGCCGGAAGCCACCGAAACCAUGUCGAACAAGCUGAACAACCCGAAGCGCCGCGAGGUGACGGGCUCGUCCUCGUCCAACUCCUCCAUCUCGUCGGUUGGCGCCGGGGACAGUGGCAUCUCGGCGGAUCUGGCCUCACUGUUCGAGUGUCCGGUAUGCUUCGACUAUGUGCUGCCACCGAUUCUGCAGUGCCAGAGCGGCCAUCUCGUCUGUACGAGUUGCCGCUCGAAGCUAACCUGCUGCCCGACUUGCCGCGGUUCGCUCGGCAACAUCCGCAACCUGGCGAUGGAGAAGGUGGCCUCGAACGUGAAGUUCCCGUGCAAACACUCGAACCACGGUUGCACCGUUUCGUUGGUGUACACGGAGAAAGCGGAACACGAGGAGGCGUGCGAGUUCCGGCCCUACCUGUGCCCAUGCCCGGGUGCCUCGUGCAAGUGGCAAGGGUCCCUGGACUACGUCAUGCCGCACCUGAUGAUGUCGCACAAGAGCAUCACCACGCUGCAGGGCGAGGAUAUCGUGUUUCUGGCCACCGACAUCAAUCUGCCCGGUGCCGUGGACUGGGUGAUGAUGCAGUCCUGCUUCGGGCACCACUUUAUGCUGGUGCUGGAGAAGCAGGAAAAGUACGAUGGCCACCAGCAGUUCUACGCGAUCGUGCAGCUGAUCGGAUCGCGUAAGGAAGCCGAAAACUUUGCCUACCGGCUGGAGCUGAACGGUAAUCGGCGGCGGCUCACGUGGGAGGCGAUGCCACGCUCCAUCCACGAGGGAGUGGCCAGCGCCAUCCUCAACUCGGAUUGCCUCGUGUUCGAUACCUCGAUCGCACAACUGUUCGCUGAUAAUGGUAAUCUAGGCAUCAACGUCACUAUCUCUGUCGUCUAGUGGAGUGAAGGACGACGAAGCUUUUGCUUCGUUAUUGUUGGCUGCUGCGGUCACUGUUGUCGCCGCCACCAUCCCGCGAUACUACCGAGGAAGGGAGAGAAGGGUAAUGCAUAAAGGCGAGUGUAGGCAGCCCCCGUAGGCAGCUAUUGUAUCUCUAUUAUCUUUGUACGCAUUAUAACAUGUUUUGCUUUAUAAUUUUCA